UCAGCGGAGUCACAGCCGUGAAAGUGGCGGAGGCGGACAUUGUUGUGGUAACAGUCCAGCCCCAGUGGAUGAGCAGAGAUGAUGCACUUAUUUUGAACGGAUAAAGGGCGAGAUCAAGAUUGGAUUUUGAUUUAUUUUGUUUGUUUUUUUAUCUAAAGAAUGAAUCGUUUGUAAAAAAAAAAUUCAAAAAAAGCUGCUGCACCGUACGGGCUCAUCCUCCAGCUAACGGGGAACAGUGUUCAUUCAGCCGAGGCGAUCGGAGCACAGCCUGAUGAGACGAUGCCAGCGACGUAAAAUCUCAACAUCUGCUGGGUGUGUAUCCGAGACUGCUGGAUUAAGCCUCCGUGGAUCGACCGGGUCUUUGUACAUACAGUAGGCUACAGAAGAGUCCACGGGGCGGCUGUUGCCUUCAAAAUACUGCGAGCGGAGGUAAAAUAAGGACAGUUGGAGGCCUUUGGAGAACACAGCCUGCUGUUGAGAAGAUGACAGAUUGACAUUAAUGGAGGUUUGCGCUGCAUUUUCAUACACGACCUCAUUAAGGCAUCUUCCACGGAGAACAGACACUGGGUUCAGCACAAAUUAGGACUCAAGUCCAUCUAAAGAAAGCCAUCUAAAUAAAGAAAUCACAUGUUUAUGCAAUGAUUUGGCCUCCGGUGAUUGCAUAGGCUACAUGACAUCUGGAAAACCCUGUAUGCAGAGGAAGAGGAUGUGAUGACCGUGUGGAGCAUUGAAGCAUCCAGCUACAUCUCAGCGCUUUUAAUAGAUUCUCAGGUACCCUAGGUGUAGGUGUUUAAUAAAAAAAAAAUGGGCAGCGAAGGUGAGAUAAUAAAUAGAGAGCUGUCAAAGAUGUCUGACGAGGAUUUGCUGGCGUGCUCCAAAGAGGAGCUGGUGAGCCGGCUGCGUAAAGAGGAGUCGGAGAAAAUCUCAGCUCUCAUCCAGCGAGGACGGCUGAUAAAAGAGGUAAAUAAACAGCUGCAGGGACACCUCCUUGAAAUCAGGGAACUGAAAGUCAUCAACCAGCGCCUGCAGGAGGAAAACGGGGAGCUGCGGGACCUGUGCUGCUUCCUGGACGACGACCGGCUCAAAGUGAAGAAGCUGGCCAGGGAAUGGCAGCUGUUUGGGCAUCAUGCAGCUAAAGUGAUGCGGGAGGACCUGGGCGGUUACUUGAAAAAGCUCGCCGACCUGGAGCGCAUGCAAGACGGGCUGGUGAAGGAGAAUUUAGACCUGAAGGAGCUGUGCCUGGUCCUGGAGGAGGAGUGUGUCAGCAGGAGUGACUCCAGCCCCGGAGGAUCCACCGAGCUCAACCUGCCCUGCAUGGUGGCCCGGGACCUGGGGGACGGAAGCUCCAGCACAGGCAGCGUGGGAAGCCCAGACCAGCUCCACCUGGUGUGCUCACCUGAUGACUGAUGGCAGGUUUAUGUCAGCAGUCAGGGCUUCUCCGAUUCAACUAAGGAAUCUGUAGACUAGGUGUGAUGUGUUUGACAGAACUGAGACACAGAAGCUUUGUCAGACAAAAUCAAUUUGGUGCAAAGCAUUAGGGCUUUCUGAAUGCUGCAAAUAUGUGUGUCACUAGGUUUUGACUUGACAAAGAAUCCGCCACUAUAGACAUUUUCAGGACUUUAAAAAAGACAUUUAAUAGAUGUUUGCUAGAUGAAAAUGUAUCUAAAUUUUACAGUUUUUUCUAAUGACUGCUCUGUUUUGGAGAAUUCUCUUUUUUCAGUGGUCUGUUGUUGAAAAAAAAAAAGAAGAAAAAAAUGGGACCAAAAAGGUGGGUCACAUAUAUAAAUUUAUCUCAUGCACUGGACUAGCCUACACUGGUAGAAGCCUUUUUUCUAUUGCACUGGACAGUGCUACCAUGGAUCUUUAAAUCACAGAUCUAAAGAUUCAUUUCAAUCCAGUUUUGAGCCAUAUUUAGUCCACUGAAUUCCAAUAGCACUGAAGUAGAUGAGUUGUGAUAAAAGAAAAAUGAAACUAUUUGAUAUUUGCUUUUGCUAGAUGCCCAAUAAUGUGUAAUAUUUUAUGCACUCUCUUCCUCAGGACAGGAUUGGAGUGCCAUAUGUGCAUGAUGAUUGUCACAAUUUGUACAGGCCUGUUAACUAGUCUGAUGUGAAGGCCCUUCAGGUUUACUGUAUAGGUGGGGCUGCUGUGCAUAAUGUACAUGUGCGAGAGCCGGGGCAGAGCCAGCACACGUGUUAAGGUUUUGGAUCAGACAUGAUCGAUGUCCUUGGACCUCACUCAGAGCUGAACAAGCUAGAACAAGUUCUGUCACUUUUUUUUUUUUUUAAAUCCAACUGGAAACUCUUUGUAUCAAACUGGAAGGUCUACAAGUUUUAAUGAUUUAUAUUAUUUUUAAACCAAGCUGUUUGAAUUCACUUCUAUUACAUUUUUUAUUACAUUGUUGUUGAUGUUCAAUUAGCAUAUCACAGAGUUUGUUUAAGUUGGCAACCGUCAGCUUUGUCUUCUGUAACUCAUGCUUUGUAUUUACCCCGUAACAUUAGGGAUAUUCUUAACUUUGACCCUUCUUUAUCUUGAUUUAUCUGUAUUAACUAGCAUUACUAACCGAUUUCAGUUUAAAUCAUAGAUAAUGCACAUGGAUUAGAAAAGAUUUAUUUUGUCGUUGGCUGUUUAUUGGUGGGCUAUGCUCGUAGUGCAUUGAAGAGCUUUAAAUACAGUGGGUAUGACACUUUG